ACACCCUGAGAUCUCUCCCUGAGGGGACCUCCGUUUCCACAUCUGCAGCUUUCUGGUCCUAAGACCACCAGUACACACAGAGUUUUUGGGGGGAGUCCGUGACUCAGGCAACCCCAGUCACGGAUAAGGGGACAGGAUCAGGAGGUCUAGCAGAGGGGUGGAGGGAAGGCCCCAGAAAAGAGUUAAGGGAGGGAGGGGCUGCCUAACGAAGAAAGCCAUGGUGGGGCUGAGGUGAGACUCCGGGGUCUGGGGUCAGGGGUAGGGCCAGUGAUCAGGAGCGGCCCCAGCAUAGGGAGGGUUAAGCAUCCUCCCGGUUCCCACCCCACUCUGGGCCCCUCCCCUGUGUUUGCGUCCUCCCAAAACUAUUUGGCCUCCAGCUGGCCUCCAUUCUAUAUCCUGCCCCUCCCCCUUGAGUUAGCCUGGGGGAAGAAGGGGGUGCUGGGGCCAGGGUUCCCAGGACUGGGAAGGAGCCCGCAGGCUCAGAGUGCUGAGGGAGAAGCAGACCUGGAGAGGCUGAGGGCCGGGGGGACCGACGCGACGCCAUGUGGCAGCUGCUGAUGCCGCUGGCCCUGUGGCUGGGCGCAGUGGGCCUGGGCAGAGCCGAGCUCACGGCAGCACAGCAGCGCGGCCUGCAGGUGGCCCUGGAAGAGUUCCACAAGCACCCGCCUGUCCAGUGGGCCUUCAGGGAGACCGGCGUGGACAGCGCCACGGAAACGCCCUUCCCUGCAGGGACCUUUGUGAGGCUGGAAUUUAAGCUCCAGCAGACCAGCUGCCGGAAGAAGGACUGGAAAAAAGCGGAGUGCAAAAUCAAGCCCAACGGGAGGAAGCGGAAAUGCCUGGCCUGCAUCAAACUGAACUCUGCAGAUAAAGUCCUCGGCCGGAUGGUCCACUGCCCCAUACACACGCAGGCUCUCCGGCAGGAGCCCGAGGAGCACCAGGAGGCUCAGUGCGGCAGGGUGGAGCGCGCGGGCGAGGACCCCCACAGCUACUACUUCCCAGGACAGUUUGCCUUCUUCAAGGCCCUGCCCCCGAGCUGAGGCCCGACAGUAGAUGAAUUCUGUCCUGCUUCCCGGACAGCUGCAGGAGCUGGCCAGUGCAACACCGACCUGCUGUCCCCGAGCCCAGGGAGUACGAGCCCAGUAUCCCCGAGCCAAUAAACUGCUCUCCCAGA